UUACACUUACUGUAUCACUAUAAUUAUUUACUAUAUUGUCGUCUUGUCGUCUACUUUAAAGAAAGAUCGAAAUUUAAGCUACGAUGAGACUUGUUAUGAUAUUAGAUUUUCUAGUGAUUUGGACUUACGCUUUAACUCAAAGAGAAUUAAAAACUGACAUGAAAUGCGAACCGUAUAGGGCUUACAUUAUCUGGGAUAUGUACAGAGAUGAGGGUUCAUUUUAUGAUCAAAGAACAACUAUAUCAAAACUUAUAAAUGCAUCGUCACAGGGCUCAGUUAUACGUUUGUCUGUGGUUGGCGCAACAUUAAAUCGUACGUAUAAUUUUAUAAAGGAUAAUUCAAAUUCCAGCUGGGCGGAAUUGAUAGUUCGGAUUAGACCGGGAAACAUAAGGCAAAAAAUCCCAUACACACUUCUAAGGACGGAAGUUUCUGAUACAUUAACUCACAACAAUAGUCUGAGAAUGGCAGAGGAGUUUUUCUUGGUUGUGGAUGGAAAAUCAAAGUUAGAAAAAACGAAGAAGACAAAGAAAAUAAUGAAAGGAAAAAAGGCAUAUAUUGUGUUCGCAGGAAACAGAGAGCUACCGGAUGUUUGGGCCAGGGUUGCUACUGACAAAGAACAUGUACUAGAAAACAUUGGACAAACUGACCUGGGGAUAUUUUUGAGCAGAGUUUGUAAAGAUUCGAAACUGUAUUGUGAUACGAAUAAGUAUUGGCGAGACAGCAGCACGUGUUACAGAUGUUCGUUUAUAUGUACUCAGAUACCCUCUGAAUAUUGUCAGGUGGCAUGUCCUUAUUUUGAACGGCUGAAUCGAUGUACUGACAUUCCAAAUAUGGCAACUGAUAGUAACAGAGGUCUCGUACGUUUAUCUCUCAUCGAGAUUGGUUUCUAUAUCACUGUGACAGUUUUACUAAUUUUUAUUAUUAUUUUGAUCAUAUGUCUUGAUCUGAAGAUUCGUCAGAUUCGUAAAGAUUCUGGAAAAAAAAACAUAAAAAGAUGAAACCGACGGAACAGUGCUAGACAAUGGUGAACAGGAGAACAUUUCACUGGAAACUUUAGAAGAAGACAAAUACGGCAAAAACAUACAAGUCAUCGACUGAGUAAGAUAAAAAUAUUUGAUCGGCGAAUAUGCUAUUUCCUACAGAAUCAAAAACUAUAAAAGUGAUAUACAGAAGAACCCAUCUAUUCCUUGUGAAUUCGUACACUAGUACUUUCCAGUGACAUGUGAAUCAUAAAUGAUUUGAACUUGUUUGAAUCAAAAUUAUUUUUGAAACGGAGUCCUUUAUCUUGAUAAUUGUUCAUUUUAGAAAUUAAAAUAUAUUAUGUCGGCAGAGAAUUUCUUAUUUGCAAACAGAAAGAUGCAUGAAUGAAUUGUUUCUAUUAGCAACAUAUGUUUUUAUGUAGAAUAUUCUUUGACAAUCAUUUGUUUUAUCAAUAAAGACAUGGUUUGGUUUCUCUUAGCGGCAAUAAACACCUAGCUUGCUUUCUCUUUACGUCAUUAAACAUAUGGCUUGCUUUUUUGUCGGCGGUUUUGGAAUUCUUAACAGACGUACAGUUUAUAGUUUACAGUUUGUAUAAUGUUUCAGCUUGAAGUCUCCAUUAGAGUGAGACGUAAUUUACAUGACAAAAUGACAUCUUUUACACGUAUACGGCCUUUUGACAUGAAACAGUUUAUUUAUUUAUAAACACUAUGACAUUGUGAAGGUCCAUAUCCAAGUUUGAAACAUGGUAAAAAAAUAAUCAUAAAUGAACAUUUGUAAA